AUGUCAACUGCUUAUAUCCAGAGAGCUAGAAAAAUCCUCUGUAUCGGUCGGAACUACGUCGACCAUAUCAAGGAACUCGGCAAUUCCGCUCCUUCGCAACCUUUUUUCUUUUUAAAGCCUACCAGCUCGGUGCUGCUUCCAGGUCAGGGUCCUAUUCUGCGUCCCAAGGGAACCAAGCUCCAUUAUGAGUUAGAAUUGGCUGUUGUGCUCAACAAGACUCUCAAGAACAUCAAUCCCGAGACUUUUGGCGAAAAGGAAGCCAUUGAUGCUAUUGAAGGAUACGCUCUGGCUUUAGACCUGACUGCUCGUAACGUGCAAGACGAGGCCAAGAAGAAGGGUCUUCCCUGGUCAAUUGCCAAGGGUUUCGACACAUUCUGCCCAUUGACUCCUUUGAUUCCUAAAUCCCAGAUACCCGACCCCCACAAUGCCCAUUUGAAGCUUCUUGUCAACGGCGAAGUGCGCCAAUCAGACUCCACCAACCUCAUGCUGUUCCGUAUCCCACGUAUCCUGUCGGCAGUCAGCUCGGUCAUGACUCUCGAAGCUGGAGACAUUAUUCUCACUGGUACACCCAAGGGUGUUGGCAGCAUUGUUCCCGGAGACAACAUUCGAGGUGAAUUGAGUGUCGACGGCAAAGUUGUUCCCGACGGAGUCCUUGACUUCCCUGUCGAGGAGAAGCCUGGUCCCUACGAGUACCACGAGACAUAA